CAGCUCUGCACUCGAGCAAAUGACAAUUCAUGGCCGCUGCUGAGUUUGAACUCAUGCAUGAGAGAUCUGCUUCUCCCCAGCUCUUUCAUUGUUUCAACCUGCUCACCAGCUGCUCACUGCGCGAGCAAGGUUCUUUGGAGCCCAUCGUGACGAAAAUUCAAGGUGACACAGAACGCCACUUUGCUCUUUCUGUUCUGUGAGCAACUGAUUAUAUCUGAUUUUGUCCUGAAGAUUGAUGAAAGCGAUGGCGUCGAGAGAAGCAACCUCUAGCACCAGCACUGCAGCUUUGACGGUGCAAGAGUACCUGGACAAGCACCAGCUCUCGCUGAGGAUCGAGGAGGCGGUCAAUGCAGCGGUCAGGGCACGAGCAGAGGAGCCUGUGAGCUAUCUGGCGGACGUAUUGAGGCGUGCGGCCCCCGCUGUCAUCACCAAGGUCAGGGCUCGCCAGAUCUAUGACAGCAGGGGCGUCCCCACCAUAGAGGUCGAUGUGCAGACAAGGAAAGGGUCUUUUCGAGCGGCGGUCCCGAGCGGAGAGGCCACCAGGGGGCACGACACUUCCGACGAAGAUGCCUCAAAGUCCCCACCCAGUAGUGUGAGCCAAGCGAUUGCGAUUGUCAACACCGUUCUUGCGCCGCCGCUCAUCGGGAAGGACCCUACAAAGCAGGUGGAGAUCGACCAGCUGAUCUGCAGAGUGCUUGAAAAGAGCGGAGACAAGACGGGAGGUGGGGCGAGCGCGAUCCUGGCGGUGUCUUUGGCAGUGUGUCGAGCGGGUGCUGCGGAAAAGGGCGUUCCGCUCUACCAGCACAUUGCUGAGCUGGCAGCCAACAUUCGACUAGUCCUCCCAGUUCCCGCUUUUACCGUCAUCAACGGGGGGCGCCAUGCAGGGAAUAAACUGGCGUGUCAGGACUUCACGAUCCUCCCAGUGGGCGCAGACAGCUUUGCGUCCGCGAUGCGAAUGGGCACCGAGACGUACCACCAGCUGCGGACCGUGAUCAAGGAGAAGUACCCGGCCGAUCCGUGUUCCAUAGGGGACGAGGGCGGCUAUGCUCCAAGCAUCUCGAGUGGGAGGGAGGCUCUUGACCUUAUCGUGGCUGCGAUUGAUCGGGCUGGAGGAACGGGGAGGGUCAAGAUCGGCCUGGAUGUCGUCGCAAGCAAUCUCUUCACUGAGGCAAAGGUAUACGACCUCGACUACAAGACGCCAAACAACGACGGGAAGCAGAAGAAGACGGGGGCCGACCUGAUGACGUCAUAUAAGGAGCUAUGCGCAGCAUAUCCGAUUGUGUCGGUGGGGGAUCCCUUCGACCGAACCGACUGGGAGAACACCAAGGGCCUCAACGCUGCUGACGUGUGCCAGGUAGUCGGGGACGAGUUGCUGGAGAGCAAUGUGAAGACGAUUGCAGCGGCCGUGCAGGGCAAGUGGUGCAAUGGGCUCUUAGUCAAGGUACACGAUGCGGGAACGGUAUCUGCAACCAUCGAUGCUGUGCGAACGGCUAAGGAGGCGGGCUGGGGCGUCAUGGUGGGUCAUGGGAGUGGAGAGACGGACGAUGCGUUCAUUGCUGACCUGGCAGUGGGGCUCGCGGCGGGGCAGUUCAAAGCGGGGGCGCCCUGCCAGAGCGAACGGCUCGCAAAGUACAAUCAGCUCUUGCGGAUAGAGGAACAACUCGGAGACAAGGCGAUCUACGGCGGCGAAGAUUUCCGGCACAUACCCUGGGUUACUCCGAGCCCGCCAAGCAGACCGGCGAUACCCCCAGUGCCAUACCGGGAGAUUGCACCGAACCAUUCCUGAUUUUAGAGAUCAACAGCAAUAUAUUCGACAUACAGACCAAAGAAUCAUUCUGUAGUAGCAUAGUCCUGGCGUACGGUUUUCUUAUGAAUUCGGCAAGCUCUCCGACACUUUUGUCAUACUGGUACUAGCAUGCGUACACUCCGACCAGUACUGACAAGCUAGCAAGUUGCUCAUGCAACGAGCAGAGUCAAAAAGGUCAGAAUAGUAGGCUUUUCUCUAUGAUCGUUCUCACAAUUUGUAGCACUGAUAGACCGGACCGCCCUGUUGCUAGAACCAAUCUGUUCCAUAAGGGACAUCAAGUUGCGCAUGAGCCGGGCCUGGCAUGUGAUCGUUCGAC